AGCCCACGCGAACGCGGCCUGGAAUCAAUAAAUACUUGCGGCCGCAGCUCGCUGGGUACCUUUUGCCCAGCCUCCCCUAGUCUAGAGGACAGCCGACCAUGAAGCUCGCCCACAUCCUGUGUCUGUGCCUGGUCUUGGCUCUGUCGUGGGCUGACCACCAUGAAGGACAUGGAAAAACUGGACAAGCAGAUAAAGGACAUGGAGAAAAGGGACAUGUGCACAAAGGCCCUCUUCCACAUGGUCACGACCACACAGAACCUCACCCGGACCGUUGCAAAGGCAUUGAGAUGGACGCUGCCACCGUGAACGAGGAGGGCAUCCCAUACUUCUUCAAGAAUCACACCCUGUUCAAAGGCUUCCGCGGUAAAGCAGAGUUUGCUAAUGAAACCUUCAAUGAGCUGGAUGAGCAUCAUCACCUGGGCCACGUAGACGCCGCCUUCCUCAUGCACAACCCAGACGACCCCACCCACCACGACCACAUCUUCUUCUUCUUGGACACCCAUGUGUUCAGCUAUUACCAACACAAGCUGGAGCGCGGCUUCCCCAAGCUCAUCUCUCAGGUUUUCCCUGGAAUCCCCGACCACCUCGACGCUGCCGUCGAAUGUCCCAAGCCCGAGUGCAAUGAACACUCUGUCAUCUUCUUCAAGGGAAAAGACAUCCUGCACUACAACGUCAAAACCAAAGCCGUGGACAAGAAAACGUUCGCGUCGAUGCCCAACUGCACGUCCGCCUUGCGCUUUACGGACCACUAUUACUGCUUCCACGGACACCAGUUCUCCAAGUUCGACCCAAAGACCGGCGCCGUGCACGGGAAAUACCCCAAAGAGACACGUGGCUCCUUCACGAGGUGCCCCAAGUUCGGCGAAAGGAGCGACCCCGUGGAGAGAGAGCGCUGCAGCCGCGUCCACCUGGACGCCAUCACGUCCGACGACGCGGGGAACAUCUACGCCUUCAGAAGUCAUCACUUCAUCCAAAAGAACGAGGGCAACGACACGCUGACGGUCGACACGGUGGAGAAUGACUUCAAGGAGCUGCACAGCGAGGUCGACGCCGCCUUUACCUACAACGGUCACCUGCACAUGAUCAAGGGCGACAAGUUUUUCGUCUAUAAGGCCGGUAACCCCCCCACCCUGGUGCCAGGUUUCCCCAAAGCUCUGCACAAUGAGCUGGGCCUCAACGGCCCCAUCGAUGCCGCAUUCGUCUGUCAGGAUCAUCACAUCGCUCACGUGAUCAAAGGCACCGACGUCUACGACGUGGAGCUGAAGGCCGCCCCCCGCACCGCCAAGAACAAGCGCCCGUUCUCCCUCUUCAGGAAGGUCAACGCCGCCAUGUGCGGCCCUGAGGGCGUCACCGUGAUCGUCGGGAACCAUUUCUACAGAUUCGCCAGCACUCAGCUGUUCGUGGCGAGCAGAGCCCUGCCGGAGCAGCACAAGGUGUCGCUGGAGCUGUUCGGCUGUGACCACUGAAGGCCGUGAAACAUGGAACGGCCGCAUGACGAGCUUCAGGCCACGUCUGCGUCUCGUACCAGUGUCUGACCUCAGGAACCUGGAGCGGUUCCUCCUUUACACAACGAUGCUCAGGUCCUCGGUGACGAGGGCAUUUCCUGUUUCUCUGUGACUAAUUUUGUAUCAUGUUAAUGUGAAUAAAGAGGAGAGACAACACUA